UAUCUCCGUUUAUUACUUUUUGUUUACGUAGGCUGCAUAUUGUUGAUUUUUAAAUAAAGAAAAAACGGAAACGUCAUAAAUAAAAUUGAGUUUAUGGUUGAGAUAAAAUAAAUUGACAGUUAAAUUGGGAAAGUAAACAAAAAUAGACAGAGAUAAAUUUAAUUGCGAGAGUAAUUAAUCAUAAGUUGCAACCUAACCUGGAAGGUGAGAGCUAUAGAAUGAAAUUGGGAAUUGUUAUGAAUUAGAAAAAUGGACGUGAGUACGUUAUUCCGAGCUAGUGUUAAAAGCGUGAGCAUACGUCAAAAGGCGUUGGACGAUGACAAAUCAAAAUCACCACCUAGGAAAUUACGUCAUGAGUCAAAUUUUUAUAAGAAGUCCCUGGCGGUAACGACACAGAUAACGAGACUAAAAGAGUUUUUGCUGGAAAAUAGACCAGCUUAUUUGAAUUUUUCUGGACAUUUGAUUAGCCAGGCGCGGAUGACUGACGCUGAGCGCGAUCAGAUUGACAGCGGAGCCCAAGAAAUAAUCAGCAAAUGCUCGCAGUUGAUAAAAGAGCUGAGGCGGGAUAUUGCGGAUCAAAAUAUUGGCCAGCAGCAUGAGCAUCAAGAAAUUAUGAUUUAUCUAAUUGAGGAAUACUUGAACAAUGUUUGCAAAAUUUACUCCGAGCAAAAAGCAAUCCGGGUUAAGAAACAGCUGGAACUUAAAUCUAUGUCUAAAUUGGAGCUGAAUGUUAAGGCAGUCGAGGAGAGUUCAAGUAUUUUAUCACAAAAGUCUGGUUUGAACUCAACGACUGAAGAAAAAAAAAGUUCAUCAGCAAACUCGAGCCCGCUGAAGGUCCAGGAGAUGAAUGGGGACGUCAACUCGCUGGCUUAUGAAGAAGAAUUGUCGACGGAGGAUGUCCAGAUGUUUGAAGCCGAAAACGAACAGCUUUAUAAUGAACUGAAUACUAUUACUGAGGAAGUAAAACAGAUUGAGAGCAAAGUCGUCCAUAUUGCUGAGCUCCAAGAAGUAUUCACUGAAAAAGUCCUGGCGCAGGAUCGCGAUCUCGACAAAUUGGUAUCUACCGUCGUCGGGUCUACUGAGAAUGUAAAAGAAGCCAACGAGCAGAUACGUCAAGCUAUUCAACGCAAUGCUGGACUUCGUGUUUGGAUUCUUUUCUUUCUGCUCGUCAUGUCUUUUUCCCUUCUCUUCCUCGAUUGGUACAAUCCUUAGAUUUAAUUAUUUGUUUUAAAAACCUGUUGCACUCUUGCUUCAAUAUCAAUAUUAAAAUAUUAAUAUCUUUAAAUAAUGUAUAUGUUUUUUACUAUAAAAUAAUCAUACUGGUUGGCUGACGUCUAAUAAUUUUUUAAUUUCUUUCAAAACGACAAAUUGUAAAAAAAUAGUAUUUUACAUAACGAGGGAGUUCCCACAAGCAGAGACAAAAAUUCAAACUUUCAGGUGCAGAUCUGGUGAAAAAUUGUAUACACACUUCGGAGGAAGCCUUCGGCUUGGGUAGGAAAUUACACACGAGGAUUGAAAUAUCCUACUUUCCACCCUAGGUAUGUAAUAGUAUAUUUCCCAUAAGAGAAAAGAACUACUUUCUGGCAGUGUUACAAUUCUACUCACAGUUUUUGUUACUCGGGUUUAAAUUUACUCAGCUUCAACUCUACUCACAUAUUUUAGCCUAUCGAUAAAAUAGCAAUUUGUGAGUUAAGUUGUCACUGAGUCUAGUUGAAGUUGAGUAAAGAUCGUAAAGAUAUAACUGAGUA